AUGAUCACCCACGCCGACUUUCCCGUCGAGCUCGGCCCUGCGUCGCGCCCAUCAAUCCGCGUCGCGUUCCAUCAGCCGCGUCGAGGUCCAUCACUCGCGUCCCGCCGCCUUCUUCCUCCGGCGCCCGGCGCGUCCACUUCUUCCGCGGGGUACUACACCACACAGUCCACCAAGGAGGUGAAUCCCCUGUCGCGUGACAGGGCCUUGGUGCUGUUGGUGGUGCUCAGCAGGCGAGCUGGGCGCGCGGAGCGAUACCUGCGCAUGGAGCCCUCGACGGGCCGACCCCGUCAACUCGGCAGGCGACGUGACACCCGCCGCGCAUCAUGUCGAAGUCACUGGCAAGUGGGCCUGAUACCCCACGACGUAUGCCUUAACGGAGCUUGCGGAGCGACGACGGCCGUAGAUCAAGCAAGAAGUCGGUGUCUACGGGCACGCGUCCUCGUGGCGCACCUCGGGUGCGAGGACUUGAUACCCCUCGCGCGACGCCCUCAACGAAGCUCGUGGAGAGAAGACGGCCACGGAUCAAGCAACAAGUCAAUGGUGUGGGGAAGUGAUGCCUCCAUGUGA